CUCCGUCUCGGCACGAAAAGCUGUGCCGAAUGUCGCAGACGCAAGGUGCGCUGCAUCUUCGGGCCAAACACAACGGUCUGCAAAGAAUGCUCUACACACGAAUCAGAAUGCGUCUCUCAGCAGUCCGUUCACGCGUCAAAGGGAAGUCCAAGUGGCGACGAACAAGACCUUCAGGUCAAGCUACAGGGCCUCGAAGAAAUGGUCCAUCGCCUGUGCGAGGCCAUGAAUGUCAGGCCGGAGCUUUUGAACAAUUCGCCGCUCGAGAUGAGCGCUGUGGAAGCUCUUACGAGACUACAAAGUCUUUCUUCAUCUGAAACAAGUCUGAGGAAUACAACAAACGUGGGAGCCGGAUGGAGAGAGGUAUCUGAAUCACGAUCCUCGCCUUCCUCUGAUCAACUCGGGUCAUUCGAAGAAGCACCUUUACUUAACCUGUUCCAAGAGGCUAUGCUCAUUCAGAAACACCACGCCCAGUCACACAGAAACAAUCAAGAUUUGUCUUCUGAUCAUCGGAUCGUGACCUACAGCAUGGCCAUCAAGGCUUUGAUCCCCAGGCCCGACGACCUCGAGACGAUCCUGCAAAUGACUGAAAGAUUCUGGCCCAUCUGGGAGGAAUCACUCAAUCUUAUAAUUGGGACAGAACCCCGUUCUAUUACUGACAUAGCUUCAGCCAGAAACUUUAUCCUCGAGUCCAUGAAGUCCGAAACCCCCGUGUUGAUCGCCAAAUCCUCCCUCUUCCUUGCACUUUGCGUCCAACAACUUCCAGUCAGCUUCAAGAACCAAGUAACGAACCUACCUGCCGAGCCAAAUGCUCUCCUCGACGCUUAUAUCAGAGGGGCAGAGGGUCUGAUCUCAGUGAAUGAAAGCCGUCCCGCCACCAUCGACAGCUUAGAAUGUCUGAAUAUACUCGCCAAGUUGUACCUAAACAUGGGAAAGCCUCGCGAGGCAUGGCACUGUGUUCGCCGCGCACUAAACUCAGCUCUGCUCCUGGGAUUACACAAUGCAGGUGAAACGGCCCCACACAGACAAAAGGCUGUUUGGGGGCAUAUCUGGCAACUCGAACGACAUCUUUCUGCAUUCUUUGGUUUACCGUCUGCCACUACGGACUCCCAUCCUGGAGUGUCAACCCCGCCGCCUGCCCAGGAUUUCGGAGCGCGAAUACUGUACGAUCUCGCCGUCAUUGCGGGGCACAUUAUCGAGCGGAACCAGAACCACCAGACUGCCAACUACGCUGUAACACUGGCCAUCGACCAAGAAAUCCAACAAUGCAAGAGCCGCUUACCCCCGGGCUGGUGGAACGGUAUUCCCACCGCAUCCACACCCCUGACAACAAUCUAUAGCCUCGGCAUCCUCAAAAUUGGAUUCUUCUCCGGCCAGAAGAUGCUCCACCUCCCAUACAUGCUCAAGUCCUCUCCCGACAACAACUACGAGUACAGUCGCCUUCAAGCACUUGAUGCUGGUCGUGAGAUGAUCAAGGGCUACCAGGCAGUUCGACAACAUCCCGAACUCAUGCUCACGAUCUGCGAUCUCAUGGAUUUCCAGGUUUUCACCGCGGCGGUGGUUCUCGUCAUCGACCUCUUGAAUCAACCUUCGCAGCUUGAAACUCACCAGGAAGCCAGUGAUUGGAACCUUGUUCAUGAUGUCACGAAGAGCUUGAAACUCGUGUCUGAGGCUAUGGAAUGCACAGUUGCUGGACAAGCUCAACAUCUACUUGAACAUCUCUCAACUUUCCGUGAUGGUGCUUACAAAGGUCCUGAUAAUUACGAGGUUAUCAUCCCCAUGUUUGGGAGAGUGAAGAUCAAUCGU